AUGCCUCCUCCUCACCCUCUUGUAUCAGCAACAAUAACAGCAACAGCAACAACAACAACAACAAAUUCUGUUGAUGUUUCGGCAGAAGUAAAACCAAUUGAUACAACAAAGAGAUAUCAACAAGAUAAUCGGGUGGAUAUUAAUACAAAGGAUGCUUUUGCGAAUGGAUUUUCAAAAUACUUUUUAAACGAUUUAUUUUCUGAUAUUUCGAUCAAUCACAUUCCAACAAAUAGGAGUUAUAGAUGCCAUCGUAUUAUUUUAGCUCAUCAAUCCCAAUUCUUUGAAAGUUUAUUCACUUGUGCUUUUAGAGAUUCGAGUGGAUCUGUUGAAGUUCAUUUUGAGGAUACGGAAAGUGUUUUUGAAAAGGUUUUGGAAUAUUUGUAUACAGGAAAAGUUAAUAUUCCAGUGACUUCAAUUGUUGCACUUCAUGUUGCUGCUGAUCAGUUGAUUUGUCCCGAUCUUUCAAAUAGUGUGAUGAAUUUGUUGGAUCAAUUUAUUUCCAACGAGAAUGUAUUUUCAUUCUUGGAUGAUUCUUUGAAAUUGUAUGAUGAUGGAAUUUUAGAGAAGGCAUGUGGAUAUAUUGCUCUCAAUUUUGUACAAUUAAUUGAUGAGUUUAAUUUAAUUUUUCUUGAUCUUCCUCCUCAAGUAUUUUUCGGAAUAAUUGCUCAUGAAAACAUUGGAAAGGGGCCAGGAGCCAAGACCAAGAAGUGUGCUCUUAUUACUGAAUGUGUAAAUGAAUUUUGUAAGAAGAAUAAUGUUUUGGAAAAUGUUGAAAUGCUCAAGAUGUGUAUUGAUGCAAUGGCAGCAACAGAAUCCAUUACACCAGACUCAGCUGCAUUCUAUCUGAUGGAAUGUGAAAAACAUGGACUUGUUGAACAUCAAUCUGCCUGUACAAGAAUUCUUGCCGCUAAUUUCAAUGAUAUUAAGGAUACCACCAUUAUUAACCAAUUCAAUCCAGAUACUUUCUCAGAGUUGGUUGAUCUUGAUGAGUUGAAUGUCAAGAAUGAAGAUCAAGUAUUUGAAAUUGUCUUAUCUUUCCUUGUCAAUAAGAAGGGUUUGGAUUUGGAAAAGAAACAAGUUAUCGGUCAAAAGAUUAGAAUACCCUUCCUCUCGUAUGAUAAAUUACAAAUUAUCAUGGAAAAGAAGGAACCAAUCUUGAUAGAAUCUAUACCACAUGAUGUUCUCAGUGAAUCUCUACUUGAAAGAAUAAGAAAGUUGGAAAAGAAGGGUCUUUACAAGAUUUGUGGUGAUGAAUCUCCAAAAUAUUUGAGACCAAGAACUGCAAGAUUAUUUACACACACUUCUGAUUUUGAUGAAGGAGGUGUUCUCUAUUGGCUUGGAACUUUAUAUCAUACUGAAACUUAUUCUUCUCCAAUAGGUAGAGGACUCUUAAAGGUUACAACCAGUAUUGGUUUUGAAGCUGGUAGUGAUGAAGACGUCAUCAGUAGAGUUCCUGUUUCUUGUAAUUUAAUCAAUAGUCCUAAUACCACCAUAACAUUUGAGUUUGUGUCUAAUAUGAUUUUACCAUCAGCAUAUACCAUUCGUCACACCAAUGCCAGAGAUACUGAAUGUUUGCGUACUUGGAGAUUCCAAGGAUCUAUUGAUGGUUUGACAUUUACUGAUCUUAAAGUUCAUAACAAUGAUUCAACACUCACCACAAAAUCCCAAAGUGCCACUUUCCCAAUAACUGACUGUAAUGAAUAUUACAAGUACUUUAGAAUACUUCAAGAUGGUCCAAAUAGUAGUAGCAACAAUUAUUUGAGUUUUGGUGGUUUUGAAAUUUAUGGAGCUGUAAAAUUAAUUUAA